CGGAACCGGAGGGGGGAUGAUGCGGACCCAGUGCCUCUUGGGCCUCCGGACCUUCGUGGCCUUCGCCGCCAAGCUCUGGAGCUUCGUCCUGUACAUGCUGAGGCGGCAAGUGCGGACCGUGAUCCAGUACCAGACCGUGCGCUACGACGUCCUCCCAUUGUCCCCCAUCUCCAGGAACCGUCUCAACCAGGUCAAGAGGAAGAUCCUGGUGCUGGACCUGGAUGAGACCCUGAUCCAUUCCCACCAUGAUGGGGUCCUGCGCCCCACGGUGCGGCCGGGGACCCCCCCGGACUUCAUCCUUAAGGUUGUCAUUGACAAGCACCCAGUGAGGUUCUUCGUGCACAAGCGGCCCCACGUGGAUUUCUUCUUGGAGGUGGUGAGUCAAUGGUACGAGCUGGUGGUGUUCACGGCCAGCAUGGAGAUCUACGGCAGCGCCGUGGCCGACAAGCUCGACAACAACCGCUGCAUCCUCAGCCGGCGCUACUACCGGCAGCACUGCACGCUGGAGCUGGGCAGUUACAUCAAGGACCUGUCGGUGGUGCACAGCGACCUCUCCAGCAUCGUCAUCCUCGACAACUCCCCCGGCGCCUACCGCAGCCACCCGGACAACGCCAUCCCCAUCAAGUCCUGGUUCAGCGACCCCAGCGACACGGCCCUGCUCAACCUCCUGCCCAUGUUGGAUGCCUUGAGGUUCACUGCCGACGUCCGCUCCGUGCUGAGCCGGAACCUGCACCAGCACCGGCUGUGGUGACACCGAACCCCCCCCCACGACCCC